AUGCUUAAGGGUCAGUUUGACAUGAAAGACAUGGGUCUUGCGGAUGUUAUUCUUGGUAUUAAGAUUACAAGGACUUCUGAGGGUAUCACCUUAUCUCAGGAGCAUUAUGCUGAAAAAAUACUUGAGCGUUUCAAGAAUUAUUCGAAUGGAACUGCGAAAACUCCAGUGGAUACACAACUGCACUUGACUAAGAACUCUGGUGAAGCAGUGUCACAAGUUGAGUAUGCAAGGGUUAUUGGAAGUCUGAUGUACUUAACCAAUUGUACCAGACCGGAUUUAGCACAUGCAGUGAACGUAUUAAGUCGUUACACAAGCAAUCCUGGUCAUACACACUGGAAAGCCAUAACAAGAGUGUUAAACUAUGUGAGACACACUAAAAGUUAUGGAUUGCACUAUGGUAAAGAACCUGCAGUCUUGGAAGGAUACAGUGAUGCAAACUGGAUAUCAGACUCAAAGAACUCAAAGUCCACAAGUGGAUAUGUCUUUACACUAGGAGGUGCAGCAAUAUCUUGGAAAUCUUCCAAACAAACUCUACUGGCAAGAUCAACAAUGGAAUCUGAGUUCAUCGCUUUAGAUAAAGCAGCAGAGGAAGCAGAGUGGCUUCGGAAUUUCUUGGAAGAUAUUCCAAUGUGGGAGAAACCAGUACCGGCACUGCGUAUACAUUGUGAUAGCCAGUCGGCUAUAGCCCGGGCACUGAAUACUCUCUAUAAUGGCAAAUCUCGUCACAUCAGGAGACGACAUAAAACCAUUAGACACUUGAUCACAACCGGUGUAAUCUCGGUCGAUUACAUUAAAUCAGCUGAUAACCUAGCGGAUCCGUUUACAAAAGGUUUGACAAGAGAUCAAGUUUUGAAAUCAUCUAAGGGAAUGGGUCUUUUGCCUAUGACAAAAGAGGAUGUUUGA